UUCGCACGCAGCUCUCUGUCGGAGCGACGUGAUAUGAGUGACGUGCAGUGAUCGUGCUGGGAUGGGACUCGAGUGACCGGAGAGAUGGCCGCGCGCUCUCCGGAGCCGGGCGACGACCGACCAUGUGCCGAGUCAUAGAUUGGUCCGCUCCCGGUCGGCGCACGAGCCGCGGCGGAGAGAGGGCCGCGGGCUCGCCGAGUUGACGUCAUGCUCAUCGCUUCCAACCACUCAGCCAACCUCUCAGACCUGGCCCUCGGCCCCGACCUCCCCGAGAGCCCCUUCAGCCUCGCGCAGAAGAUCGUGAUCGCGAUCAUCGCCAGCGUGCUGUCCGUGCUCACCGUGGUCGGCAACUCCAUGGUCAUGAUCUCCUUCAAGAUCGACAAGCAGCUGCAGACCAUCAGCAACUACUUCCUGUUCUCGCUGGCCGUCGCGGACUUCGCCGUGGGCCUGAUCUCCAUGCCGCUGUUCACCAUGUUCACCAUCUACGGCUACUGGCCGCUCGGCCCGCACGUCUGCGACACCUGGCUCGCUUUAGACUACCUAGCCUCCAACGCAUCGGUCCUCAACCUUUUGAUAAUAAGUUUUGAUAGAUAUUUUAGUGUCACUAGACCGCUCACGUACAGAGCGAAAAGGACUACACGGCGCGCCACUGUGAUGAUAGGCGGCGCGUGGGGGUUCAGCUUGAUACUGUGGCCGCCGUGGAUCUACGCGUGGCCGUACAUCGACGGCGAGAGGAAAGUACCCGAGCACGAGUGCUACAUACAGUUCAUAGAGACGAAUCAGUUUAUUACGUUUGGGACGGCCAUCGCCGCGUUUUAUGUGCCAGUGACAGUUAUGUGUUUUUUGUACUAUAAGAUUUGGAGGGAGACUAAGAAAAGACAGAAGGACUUACCUAACUUGCAGGGGGGGAAGAAGCACGAUUCGUCGAAGAGGUCCAAUUCCAGUGACGAGACGCGGGAAGUGGACGGGCGAGCGCGCUCGGAGUCGGGGGAUGCUGACUCCGUGUACCACGUCCGCGGUGCGCUGCAUGAUACACGGUGGAGAGAACAUCAGGCCACAACCCGUCAACCGAAGCGUGGCUGGGCAGCGGUGCGGGCGUGGUGCGUGGCGUGGUGGCACUCCGGCCGCGAGGACGUGGAGGACACGGAGCCCGAGGAGGAGCCUUCCGACCCGGGGUACGCCACGCCCGUCUCCGUCGAGACGCCGCUGCAGAGCUCUGUGUCCAGGUGUACAUCUCUAAAUGUUAUUAGAGACCCAUACGCUGGUCGCGGCGGAUCUGGUGGUUCCAGUGUAGCCGAUGGAGGUACGUCACCUCUUCGUCGAAACUAUGAACCACCAGUGCCCAUACCCGCAGCCAGGGACAGCCGCUCUCUUCCCCCCAACACUAGAAUAAACGCCGCUACCUCACCCGCACCUAAAUCAGCCUCAGCUGAUUCAGUUUACACUAUCCUAAUCAGACUGCCAGACGCUGACACAGAAAGGCCUAGUAUUAAAAUGAUCACAGAAGAAUCACCACCGACAAAUGCACGAACGCAUUACCGACCACCAGCCCGAGGAGACUCCGAACUAAACCUUCAUCCAGCAGGACAUGCAGCUCUAACAAGAAGAACCUCACACAUACAAGACGUAAGAAUACCGCUCAACGCUAAAAUAAUCCCGAAGCAGUUAGCCGGAAAAGGGAUAACUUCGAAGCAACCGAAGAAAAAGAAGACUCAGGAGAAGAAACAAGAAACGAAAGCGGCGAAAACUCUUUCCGCAAUCCUCCUCUCCUUCAUCAUCACGUGGACGCCGUAUAACAUCCUCGUGCUCCUAAAACCUUUUACUGCUCGCACGAACUUUGUCCCGGACGAGCUUUGGUCUUUUUUCUACGCCCUGUGUUACAUCAACUCCACGAUAAACCCUGUUUGCUAUGCGCUGUGCAACGCGACGUUUAGAAGAACGUAUGUUAGAAUUUUGACUUGUAAGUGGCAUAACAGGAAUAGGGAAGCUAUGACUAGAGGAGUGUAUAAUUAGUGGUACGGAUUUUGCUAUUGUUUUUAAUUGAGUGGAUGUUAAAGAGUCGCUAAUAAAACACUUUUGUGCCAAAAUAGCAAUUGCCCAAUUUUGGUACAAAGGGUCAAUGGUGUUUUUGCCAAGUUAAGAUUCAUUUUUUCAAUAAAACGAAUUCCAAAACACUUUAAAAAACUUUUGUUUUUAAAUAAUUUUUAAUCGACAGUUAAGGAAAGACAGUUAAGGAAAGAUGAAAUCUUCCUCAUUUAAAAGGAAUCUGUAGAAAAUCCUACAAAUAAAACUAAAGCUAGAACAGGCUAUACUCUGCGAGAUCGUAAUGCAAAAUGGCGUUUUAAAACGUAAAUUGCUUUUUCGCGUGUCGAACGACUUAACUUGGUAGAAGCUCCAUUAGUGUACUCCUAUUUUCGUUCCUUUCAGUGGUUCUAAGUACCUUUAAAGUGUUCUGAAACCACUCUCCUUCCAGUAUUUUUAUAUCCUGGACUUAUUUUAAAUCUCGAAGCAAUCUGUUUAAUUUCGUUAGUGAGUUGUCGUCCCGUCCAAGAAGAAAUUAAUUUGUAUUUGUAUAUUCGUUGGUAUUUGUAGUAUCCAUAUGGGUUUGUUUCCAAAUUAGAUUAUUUUAACCUCCAAUCUUCUGUUGUAAGAAGAUCAGUGUUGAAAUCAAGGGUAACAAAAAAGCCAAAUAAGAGUGAGUAAUGUGUAGUUUAGUGAAAUCGAAUCUAUGAAUAAUUUCCUCGUAAACAUAAUCCUAGUGUUUGCGAUAUUUCGAUUUAAGUGAUCUCUCUAGUCAAACAUUUUCUAAGAAGUGUUCUGGUAAUGCGUGAGCUUGUAGGGAUAAAUUCGACGAAUUUAGAGCAUGAGAAUUUUUAUUCCUUUCUUGCAUUCCAUUUUUCUUGUCAUUGUUAAUGUAGUGGUAAUCUUAUUUGCAAUCUACAUAUUUAUUGUCACUAACUGAAUAACGAUUGUCGUCACAAUGAUCUAUGAAUAAGUAUAUGUUAACGACCAACGUGCUACUUAUUAUCUCUAUAUAAAGUAUGUGUUGUAAUAUAAUCGUGUUGUAUAUAACACUUUUUUGUUCGUGGUGAAUUUUUUCAAAAGAGAGACUUUCAGCUUUGAAUUUUCAAAGUCUAGAUGUCUGUAGUUGAUGCAUUAGUUAUAAAAAUUAUUGGAAUCCUAAGCAAUAUAAAUUGUACAAUUUUGUUGUGGCGUAUUUAUAUAUAAGUGUUGGAUCGAAUUGUUUCAUUGGCGUCAUGAAAUUUUAGACAAGAGGAAAAAUGAUUUUGAACACAAGCCCAUUUUCAUACGGUUUGAUAUGGACUAGUGAAAUUUGGUCAAAUACCUGUCCCCUUCAUGAUAGUUGUGAUUAUAAUUCUUGUUAAAAUUACCAUGGUUAUUAUAUUGAAUUUAUGAUAUUCAUGCUGGAACAGUGUAUUUUAGCCACUAGUGAAUUUUGAGAGUGUUAGCCAAUCAGAGGUAAUUGCGAUAGUCAAACAACUGUUUAGCUGUCAAACAAUGACAGUAAGCCUACCGCAUCGAACUACGAGUACCUACAUAAAUACGGGGAAACAAUGCAUGUGGCAUAGUGAACAAAGCUUUAAUCCGCCAAAACAAACGAAUUUCUUUGAUACAAUGUCCAGCACGCAAUAGCUCCGCCCGCCCUAUACUAAACAUGCAGGAAAAUCAAGCAAAUAAACACAUAAUACGCAUCACCACCACACAACACCACACAAAUCUAAAAUACACUCAACCAUCAACGUAGGUUUCACUCCGACACCGGAGCAUUCUGAGAAUAUGUAGACUCUACAGUGCACAAUUGCAAGAUUUGUUUUGGUGGAUUGUAGCGAAUUAAGCUUGUUGUUUCUUGUAUACCUAUCAUACCGCAUACUAACGCCAGCUGUAGCCUACAAAAAUGGAAUGCGCUUUAGUGUCAACCUAUCAUUUAUAGCAUGGGUUAGGAAAUCGCACGCACUCGGAAAUCUUUUCCUAUCUUAUCGACCAAUGAAAAUAAUGAAAAUGAGCUUUUAUUCAAUAAUCAAUAUUGUCUAUAAAUUAUUAUUUUUUUGUAUAUUUUUGAUUUUCUAGUUCAUAACUUAUUCAUAACUUAUUGUUUAAUUUAGUCUGGUUUUCUUCGUACACUGAUUGUUGAUGCUAACCUGUCAGUACGUACGCUAUUAGGUGCAAGGCACACUGGCAAGUGGCAUCGGAGAGGCGUGAGGUCUUUGUCGAUAACAUCUCAAACUAAGCUUUAUUUACUUUGAUAUUAU